ACUUUAUUUAAAAUGUAAGAUAAAAAAGCUAAUUUAACAUAACCGGAUGACCAAUCGUGUAACCGGAUGUAGUACGGACAGAUUGACUGUAACACCCAAAGAAACAUCAAUGGGGGUAACUUGUGUGUGCCAGGUCCCUGUGACUGAGGGGAAGAGUGUGCAGCAGACUGUGGACCUCCUGCACAAAAAGCUGGAGCAGUUGGGAGCCGUGAAGCAGGGCAGCUUCUGUGUCGACUGUGAGACGUACCAUGCUACAGGAAAUGUCCCUGGUCAGCCGUCCAAGCUCUUGUACGUCAUGCACAACUCUGAAACUCCCCUGAGCUGCAUGGCUCUGUUUGAAGGAGGACCCUGCCUCGUAGCAGAUGCAAACUUUGACGUUCUCAUGGUGAAGCUCAAAAGUCAUUUCCAGAAUGCCAAGGGACACAAGGUUGAGUGCCGCGGUUCGAGAUAUCGCUACUGUGACUUCUUAAUAAAGGUCGGCGUAGUGACGAUGAGCUCCAGUGCCAGAGGGAUAUCAGUGGAGGUGGAAUACUGUCCCUGCGUGGUUCCUGGGGACUGCUGGAACCUCGUGAAGGAAUUCAUGCAAUCUUUUCUCGGCUCAAAUGUCCCUGAACUUCCAUCUGUGUUUGCUAGCAAACCUGAGGGUCUCUUCGCACCAGCAGAUUGCACUGACACCAUGGCUCAGUAUUUAGAGCUGUUCAACAAACUUCGCAAGCUGCAGAUGCCAGGAAGUAAUGUGCGUUGAGUUGGCAGUGGAGAUGUGCAUCUAUAUUUUUUUAUUUUUCUAUUAAUGUUGCAUCUGGUCACAUAAACAUUCUGUUAUCUGGGAGUUUUUGAAAGACUGGCAUUUUAAUAAUUUUUUUCCACUUCUAAAACACAUUUUGUAUUAAAAAUACCUGGUGGAGACAUCCAGGCACUGUUAAGAGAUGUUGUAAGAGCUAUGUUUAUAUCUGACAGUAAAAGUUGGAACAUUUUUAUUUUAAGAUGUUUUCUUACUGGUGACACUCAAGUGGUGAGACAGGAAAGUGGCCAGGAAGACAUGCAGCAAAGAACCACAUGGAAAUCUAAGAUUCCCAGUUCUGGUAGGUACACUGGGGUGUAUCACCUCAUUUUGAAAUGGUAAUUAUGUUAAGGUUAUAUGGAAAGAUUGAGAGAUAAGACCCUAAAAACAUCAUUGAAGUCCAAACUGACGACUGAUAGGCACAAAUUUAUCAAAAAGAAAACAUCUAAAUAACUCGGAGCAGCUCCUGCACAACACACAGUAUACACUUUCAUGAGAUUACCAGGAACACUCCCACCUCAAUGUUAGGAUGUGGGUGAAAAAGAUACAAACAACUAUCCAUCAAUUCUCUUGUUCUGUCUGCGGGGAACUUCUCUUAAUCAGAAGGAACUUAUUAAGGGAUUAAAUGUAGGCAUAAAUGGUUUAUAACUUGUUGGGAUGGUCUGAUAGUUGAUCAAUUCACAUUUCUAAAUUUAAUUUGCUAAAUAUCAUCAAAAACAUUCAUAAAGGAAACAUAUUUCCUACCUACUGUUUGUGUCCCGUAUCAUUAUUUGACUUCUCUUGGUUCAACGUGAUUCAAGAAUCCAAACUGAGUUCAUGUGACUCCCAUGCAGCACAGGCAGCACCUUAUCCAGAACAGGCUGCACUCAGCAGUGCAAGAUCUCUAAGUCCCUAACUCUUGUGCUUUCAAACGAAGCAUCGCAGAUGAAAAUGUUGUGCUGCUUAUUGAUAAUGUCUCAAAGGAUUUGUGAGCAUUAAAGUUAAAAAUAUUGUGAUCCUUGCGCAGCUCUUGCAGAUGUUCGGAGCUGCAAACAAGCCGAGUAGUCUGGUGAUGCUUUUAUUUGAAGUCAUAUCACAGAACAACAACAUUUUGUUUGAUAAAAUCUAAAUACCUGUGAAGUCAUCUCUUUUAUUUUUCUGCUGUUUCCACAUUGUGACACAUAAAUUCCUUAACAUUUUGGGAAAGGUGCUUUUAUUGAAGUUCAUAAGUGAUUUUUCCCAAGUAAACUUAACAUGUUAAACAGUUGAUUUAACUGUUCAACUUAUUUACUGUGACAGGACCCAUACAUUAUGAAAGACACAAAGUUAAUUUAAUGCCCAUGACAAAUUCUGUUUCAUGAUGUCAGGCAUUUAUGAAGUUAGUGUGAGGUUGGAACAACGUUGUAUUCCAACAUUUGAUUAUAAUCAGAUUAUGAUACACAUUUAAAAAUUGGGUUUACGCUAAAAACGUUGGCCAGGAUUGACUUUAAUACAACGUCCCAGUGUCAGCUGAACCGUCCGACAAUCAAUAAAGCAGAGCGGCUUCUUACUUACCAAAGUUGCACUAAAACAUUUUGACAGAUUAUUGAGCUCAGUGUACAACAUAAAACUGGUUCGAGGUCAGUUGACACAAGAUUUAUACAUGAGGCUCACCUGAUUAUAGGGCACACUGCCGAUUUUUAAGAAAAAUUAUGGAUUUUAAGUGCGCCUUAUUGUGCGGAAAAUACAGAACUCAAUUUGUCCUUGGUUGGGGGUCCUAUUGGUCCUACACCUCUGUAUUUAUGUGUAAGUUUGAUAAACUUAGCUUGAAUGGAGCCUAAACUGAAUUGUCUGACUGAAAUGCAAAGCUAUUGAGCUACAGAAGCAACUUCUGCUAAUUAAAACUAUAAGAUAUACAGUUGCAAGAAGACGUUUACGGAGUAUUAAGAAAAAUAGAUGAACUUUUUUUGUCUCUAGUAAAGAUAGUAAAGUUGAGGAAGUUUUCCUGUUGUUGG